GCAGCGGAGCCCGAAAGGCGGGACCGGAAGUGAGGCCGCCGCUCCGCAGGGUGAAAGGUUGGCGGAAGUGCCCUUCCUUCCUUUCCGCUGGGUCCCGGCUCCUUGCUGUCGACAUGGGCAAGUUCAUGAAACCCGGGAAAGUGGUGCUGGUCCUGGCUGGACGCUACUCCGGACGCAAAGCCGUCAUCGUGAAGAACAUUGAUGACGGCACCUCAGACCGCCCUUACAGCCAUGCCCUGGUGGCUGGAAUUGACCGCUAUCCCCGAAAAGUGACAGCUGCCAUGGGCAAGAAGAAAAUCGCCAAGAGGUCAAAGAUCAAGUCCUUUGUGAAAGUUUAUAACUACAAUCACCUCAUGCCCACAAGGUACUCUGUGGACAUCCCCUUGGACAAAACAGUUGUCAACAAGGAUGUCUUUAGAGACCCAGCCCUGAAACGCAAGGCCAGGCGGGAGGCCAAGGUCAAGUUUGAGGAAAGAUACAAGACAGGGAAGAACAAAUGGUUUUUCCAAAAGCUUCGCUUUUAGAUAUAUUUUUGUUCCCAUCAUUAAAAAACAAAAAACAAAAA